GGGGUGUCUUUUGGUUGUUGUUGUUGUUGAUUUAUUUCAAAAAAUAUUUUUGGGGGCCUCUCUUCUUUUUUUAUUUUUAAAGAAAAAAUAUAUAUCCCGGCAACUGGAACAGUUUCUGAUUUUGGAAAAGGCUCGCCUCUGUCUCUGUCUCUCUCUCUCUCUCUUUGCCUCCCCCCCUACCGUGCCAUAUUUCUAAUUUACACUCUUUUUUUUUUCGUGAUUUCUUACCCCCCUCUUUUUUUUUUUUAGAUCUUUCUCUUUUUCUCUCUCUAUAGUCUCUAGUCACACAUAGGUCCAUUCGAUGAGUAGUGGAAGUGUUUUAUAUCUUAUUUUUUGCCUUUGAUCAUUGCACCCUCUCUUUUAUUUUUCUCCUCUCUCUUUCUCACACACACACAUACUCUCUCACCUGAGAAACCAGAAGUCGUUUGGGUGUUUAUAUAAUGAAGAAUUAUGGGGCUGCUUGAUCGAGGUGUUCAGAUGCUUUUAACCACCGUGGGUGCUUUUGCCGCCUUCAGCCUCAUGACUAUAGCUGUUGGGACCGAUUAUUGGCUCUAUUCCAGAGGGGUUUGCAAGACCAAAAGUAUCAGCGAGAAUGAAACCAGCAAAAAGAACGAGGAAGUUAUGACCCAUUCUGGAUUAUGGAGAACCUGCUGUCUAGAAGGGAACUUCAAAGGUCUUUGCAAGCAAAUCGAUCAUUUCCCAGAGGACGCAGAUUACGAGGCUGACACAGCAGAAUAUUUCCUCCGGGCCGUGAGGGCCUCGAGCAUUUUCCCCAUCCUGAGCGUGAUCCUGCUUUUCAUGGGCGGACUCUGCAUUGCAGCCAGCGAGUUCUACAAAACUCGACACAACAUCAUCCUAAGCGCGGGCAUUUUCUUCGUGUCUGCAGGUCUGAGUAACAUCAUUGGCAUCAUCGUGUACAUCUCCGCCAACGCCGGAGACCCCUCCAAGAGCGACUCCAAGAAGAACAGCUACUCCUACGGCUGGUCCUUCUACUUCGGGGCCCUGUCCUUCAUCAUCGCCGAGAUGGUCGGGGUGCUGGCCGUACACAUGUUCAUCGAUCGGCACAAACAGCUGCGGGCCACAGCCCGUGCCACGGACUACCUCCAGGCCUCGGCCAUCACCCGCAUCCCCAGCUACCGGUACCGUUACCAGCGCCGCAGCCGCUCCAGCUCGCGCUCCACCGAGCCCUCCCACUCCAGGGACGCGUCCCCCGUGGGCAUCAAGGGCUUCAACACCCUGCCCUCCACCGAGAUCUCCAUGUACACCCUCAGCAGGGACCCCCUGAAGGCCGCCACCACGCCCACCGCCACCUACAACUCCGACAGAGACAACAGCUUCCUGCAGGUGCACAACUGUAUCCAGAAGGACAACAAGGACUCACUCAAUACCGCCAACCGCCGGACCACCCCCGUCUAGGCCCAGGCCGAGCCCCCCACCCGGGG